AUGUUCUUUUGCUGCUCCAUUCUGGGUAUGGAAUAUGGAUUUCUUGAGGGAGAAGGAGAGGGGAAGAGAUUGAGAAUUUUACAUGGGGGAAGUGGGCAGAGGAACAUGAGGGACCCAAUAGGAAAAAAUGUAGUGGAAGAAUCGCUUUUGCAGACGAUGGAGGAGGGACCACAAGUUCAGGAAGAGGAAGAGAUACCAAUUGAAUGUGAGUUGAUUGAUUCCGAUAAUGAGGUUAACGAUGAUGAUUUUCACUAUGAUAAGAAUGCAUCCAAGCAUAUUAAGAGUGGAUUACAUGUAGACCCUGUACUUGAACUUGAUGUUGGAGGGAAAGAAGAUAAAAGUUCUGAUGAGUUAGAUUGCCCAACUGAUCAUUUCAUAGUUGAUUACUUGGUUGGGGUUUUACCAAAAAGAUAUAAAGUACCUAGUGUGGAAGAUCUAAUGCAGGACAAAUUUGCUAAAGAUAAUGUGGAAUUUCUGGGCUUAGAGUUUCUAAGAGAUGUAAUAGCACUUUUGUAA